AUGUCAGAAUUACAAAGUCUUAAGAAGGCAGAAUUAAGCAGUAUUUGCCGCAAAGUAGGGAUUCACGUUCUUGCUAAAGAUACCAAACAAAAAUUGUUUGAGAAGCUUUCGGCUUACAUCGAAUCCAACCCUGAAGAAGGAUUGAUUGCGGUGCAAAAUAGCUUGGACAUAGAGAGCGACGAGGAAACGUUGGCUGAAGCACAAGAUGGCAGCGAAGACGAAGAAACAGACGAAGUUGAAGAGGACGAAGAGGAGACUGAAGAUGAAGAUAAGGAUUAUGAAGCAGGGCCACCAGUUAACUUGAAGGAGUGGAUUAUUGAUCCAGCAAUUGAGUUUUUCGAGGAGGGUUACUCAAAGGUUUUGCAAUUCACCGACAGAAUUGGGGCCACCACGUUAGAUUACAAUGACGAUUUAAGAGAAAACUUGUCUAGAUCUGUUUCAUUGAACUACAUCGAGCUCGUAAUCGAACUUGUCUACUUCUUGUCUACCUACAUUCCACUUGUUGCUGUUAAGCACAACAACUCGGUGCACCAAGUUUUCAAAGAUAACAUUAGUUACUUGUCUUCAUCCGAUUUAUUAUUGCCAGAUAUCAGUGUACUCUUUGAAUUCAAGGUUAUCUCAAUUUUUGCCAACUGGAUCGUGACUUCGAUUGUUUUGCCAUUAAUUGUUUCCUAUUACGUUAACUUCACUAGAAGAUGUAUUAUUAUUGAUGAAGACGACUCUGGUCUUAUUACCAGAGCUUAUAAGUAUGAUCCAUUUGUUUUUGCUUUAUCAAAGGUGCUUGUUUUCUACUUCAUUGUCAAGAAUGCUGGUAGUUUGACCACUCUUGAUUCUUUUGGUGGUAUUUUCAGUGCCUUGAAGAAACAUUUCUUGAUCCAGUUGGGAGUUUAUAAUCAGUUUGCCGAUGUCUUAGGAAGCUUCCCAUUAGUUCUUGGGUUUGCUAACGUCUUGACUGCUAUCUACUCUCAAUUCGAAGAAUAUUAA